UGGUGGAUUUUGGGUCCUCGUAAUUAUUUGCCGAAUGCGUACAACUUUUUUGUGCUGAAAAAUAACUAAAAUGGCUCUCACUUCCCAACUCGUUAAUACCACAACCAGGCUCUCUUUGGCCCCAAAAUCUUCCCAUAUCCUCUCUUCUUCUUUUUCCCAUUUUGCCCAUAACUCUUCUCUCCGAUUCUCUCUUUCCCCCAAGACCUUCUCUCCUCUCACCGCCAGGGUUUCUCUCUCCUCCAAGACAACCGCCAUGGGAGACGCUCCUGAUGCCGGCAUGGACGCCGUCCAGAGACGCCUCAUGUUUGAAGACGAAUGCAUUCUAGUGGAUGAGAGUGAUCGUGUGGUUGGUCAUGAUAGCAAAUACAAUUGUCACUUAAUGGAGAAGAUUGAAAAAGAUAAUCUGCUUCACAGGGCUUUCAGUGUGUUUUUGUUUAACUCAAAAUAUGAGUUGCUUCUUCAGCAAAGAUCCGGAACAAAGGUAACAUUCCCUCUUGUAUGGACAAACACCUGUUGCAGCCAUCCACUCUACCGUGAAUCUGAACUUAUUGAGGAUGAUUACCUUGGAGUAAGGAAUGCAGCACAAAGAAAGCUUUUUGAUGAACUGGGUAUUGCUGCUGAAGAUGUCCCAGUUGACCAGUUUACCCCUCUAGGCAGGAUUCUGUACAAGGCACCCUCUGAUGGCAAGUGGGGCGAACACGAACUUGAUUACCUGCUCUUCAUUGUCCGAGAUGUUAGUGCCCAUCCAAACCCUGAUGAAGUUGCUGAUAUCAAGUACGUAAACCGCGAUCAGUUGAAAGAGCUCUUGAGGAAAGCAGAUGCCGGGGAGGGCGGUUUAAAGCUGUCCCCUUGGUUCAGACUGGUUGUAGACAACUUCUUGUUCAAAUGGUGGGAUCAUCUUGAGAAUGGCACACUCAAGGAGGUUAUUGACAUGAAAACCAUUCACAAGUUGACUUGAAAAGCGCAGUUUUUUGUGGUGUCGUAGUAGCCUUUCUUCCAAUAAGUUUGCACACCAAGUGGGUUUCCAAAUAAGUAGGCACUGGAACUCUUUUGUAUUUGCUUCAUUCUACUUUUUGCCCACAAGGCAAAAAAAGGGAAAAAAAGAAAAAAAAGAAAGAAAAAACUCUUAACUUAUGGCGUGCUGAUGGUAAGUUUUGAGUGAACAUUCGAAAAACAAGCCUCGGAUCUGUGAUGGAGUACAUGCUUUAUGCAUUUGGGGAAGCUAAUAAGAAUCUUAGUGGCUGUUUCUGUUCUCUUUAAUAGUAUUGGUGUCUCUGCUUGUUCUCUCUUUUUGUUAAUUAAUUAAUUUGAUCGCUUAAUUUGAAAACAAAACAUCACCUUGUUUGCUCUCCAUUGAUAUGAUUAUAAGAGGAUUGAGGGAAGAUUCAAACUUUAAACACUUGUAAAGAGUUUGGGCUUCUCCUCUCCGUAGUUAUCUUA